CAUUCACAUGUGUGAGGCCUAUAGAUAUAAACACGUGUGGUGAAAUCGAGUCUUGUGUUCUAGAUUCUUCCAAACAAAAUAAAUAACAAAUAUUCCCAUUCAGUCAUUCUCGUUCAUCUCUUCUUUCUUCCAUCGUCAAACCCUAAGAAACCUAAAGCUAUGGCAGAGGAGAAUCAACUUAUCGGUUGCCACAACAAAAACGAGUGGAAGGAUCAUUUCGAGAAGGGAAAGGAGUCGAAGAAACUUGUAGUGGUUGAUUUCACAGCAACAUGGUGCGGACCCUGCCGUGUUAUCGGCCCAAUCCUGGCCGACCUGGCUAAGAAGACACCGAACGUGGUAUUCCUGAAAGUUGAUGUCGAUGAGUUGCAGGAUGUUGCUACCGAGUGGGAAAUCGAGGCCAUGCCAACCAUUUUGUUCCUGAAAGAAGGGAAAAUUGUCGACAAGAUUGUGGGAGCUAAGAAAGAUGAGCUUGUUGAGAAAGUUGCAAGGUAUUCGGCUGUGGCUGCUGCUUGAAUUCGAAUUUGGAGUUUGAGACACUAAAUAAAAGAAAAAGAUUACUAGUAUUUACUAUUUAAUUUACUGGUUAUCUUAUAAUAUGAUGUUUCUUAUAGACAUUAUAUUUCCCUGUUUGUUUGGUUAUGUAUCUGUUUAUACUAUUACUAUGGUCACUUUGCUAUACAUAUAAAAGCUUAAUUAAGUUACUUUAUUUAUUUAUUUA